CGCAGACGCACUCUAACCUUCUCAUUUCCAGUAUCUUCCUACCUUUCGUUACCCGUGAUCUCUCGUUUUGAACUGUGUGCUAUUGGAGAUGGACUCGCCUGCUAGAUCGGAUAGAUAUGUAGGAAGUGACAAGACAGGGGACAUGAAUGCGACGCCUUCUGUUAUGAAGGGAUCGUUGCGGAAAAUGCUCUCCAUACCCGAAUCGCUGCGUAUCCUGACAGACCCGGCACAAGAUUUAUUCUCGCUCUCUACUGCCUUUCCUUCCGGGCUGAAGUUGCCUCAACUGAGCCCUGACACGACCGAAAGAGUCUUCCCUAUUCGCUCAGUUGUCUCUGUCGAUUCUUCCACUCCAUCUUCUACAUUACAAACACCUUCAUUGGAAAGCUCAGAAAGACAGACAUCGCCAUUCUCAGAGAACUCAUCGGCUUUCUCGACAGGGAGAGGCAGAUCCAACAGCCAACCUAUAACCCCGGCGACCGACUAUACAAGUUACACAUCGCCAAUGGUUGAAAAUGGAGCUUCGGGCGAUAGAUGGGGGCGUGGAAUUAUCGCAAGUCCUGGGUCUUCCGGCAGGAAGGACUUAAACCUUGCCAAUUUGCAACACAUUCAGCAAGUGGAAAGAACCAUCGAGACGGCACAUAAGCUCAGGGACAUGCUGCAAGAAUCUCGCAAUGAGAGAGCUGUCUAUCCAUUCGGUGCUUUGGUCGUAUUGAAAGAGUCAGAGGGAUGCCUGGUUGUUCAUGCUUCCAGCAGAAAUACUGGAGAGGUCAUUGGUUACACUACCGAAGAGCUCUUUGCUCUAGAAUCUUUCGCCAACAUCUUGCGACAAGAUCAAAGAACAACAUUCUUGAGUCACACGAAGUCCAUGGAAGAGAAGUGCUACGAUGUUGAGCAACAUGGUCCAGAUGUACUUGAUUUGACCGUCACCACGCAACACGGAGAGUCGAAAGACUUCUGGUGCACAAUUCACGCUAGCAAAGGCAGCACAAAUUACAUAAUAUGCGAGAUCGAGCCACAACAGAGCUUAUCAGACAGCAUUAGCGACAAUGGUGAUCCAGAAUCCCAACGGCAAACUCACAGUAAAGCAAGGGUAACCGCAACACUACAUGAAGAUGCGGAUGACACGUUCGAAGCUUUUGACGUAUUCAGGACGCUCGGACAGAACAAAAAUGGAUUCGAAUACUCAAAUAUCCUCAACGCAGUAUCGAGAAUCAUCCUGCUUACUUCGACGGCACAAUCUGUUGAUAUGUUGUUUAAUCGAGUGGCCAGGAUUCUCAAAGAGCUUACUGGGUUUGACCGGGCCACGGUGUACCGAUUUGACAGUGACUGGAACGGCAUUGCUGUAGCUGACCUUGCGGACCCGGAAUUGUCGGGGGAAACUUGCGAGGAUAUGCACUUUCUUGGCUCUAUGUUCUCCGAGGAUUUGCAAACGCUUCACUCACGAAACAAAGUCCGUCUUUCAUACAACCGUAGACAGAACUUGCCUACUGGGUUGUUAUACAGAGAGCCCGGCUCAUCAUCAAAACUGGACACGAGCUUCUGUUAUUUAUCAAUGGAAUCACCGGCUCCUUUGGAGUUUCUUUCCCGCCGGCCUCUGGAGGCAUGCGUUUCUAUAAGAAUUAAUGUCUUCGGAAAGCUCUGGGGCUUGGUAUCAUGCAAAUCUUACGCCCGAGGUGCCAGAUUAUUGCCUCCGUUGCAGAAGCUUUGCUGGCUCAUUAGCGACACUUUAUCAAGCAACAUUGAACGCCUAUCUUACACACUACCUUUCCAAUUGGUGCAGCAAAACUCCCCUAGGGAAGUCGACAAGAGGGAGACUGUUCCAGGAGUGGAUAUCCUUAGCUUAUUUGGGGCCGACUAUGCUGCUUCCUCAAUCAUGGGCGAAACCAAAAUACUCGGCAGACCGUUUGACUCAGGUGAGGUUCUUGCUAUCGUGGAAUACAUGAGGGCGAGAAAACUCGAUACGAUUGCUUGGUCAACGGAUGUCAACAAAGAUUUCCAAGACCUCCAUUAUCCCCCUGGUUUUCGAUAUGUGUCUAGUCUCCUUUUUAUUCCAUUGUCGGCUGAUGCUCGCAAUUUCAUUGUUUUCUUCCGGACCACCCAAUGGAGAGAAAUGACGUGGGUUGGGUGCUCAAACGGACCAGAGCCAAGCUGUACCCACGAAAAAGGCCAUCUCCCAUGUAGACCAGAUGCAUGGUCCGCUGUGGACCAGGGAAAGGCUUCUGUUCUUUCUUUGAUAUACAAGACAUUCGCUGAAGUAUGGCAGCAGAAGGAGACCGCAAUGCAAAACACGCAGCUCAUGAAACUUCUCCUUGCGAACUGUGCUCACGAAUUCCGGACUCCCUUAAACGCGAUCAUUAACUAUCUGGAGAUUGCCCUGGAUGGCUCUUUGAGCCAGGAGACCCGCGAUAAUCUUUCCCGGUCGCACUCAGCUUCGAAAUCGCUCGUCUAUAUAAUCAAUGAUCUCUUGGAUCUAACAAAUGCGGAGAAUGGGCAAAGCCUGAUUAAGGAUGAAGUUUUUGAUCUAUCUGGGACUAUCAAAGAAGCAACACAUAUAUUUGGAGAGGAGGCCAAACAAAAAGCCAUUGAGCUGAAUAUUGUCCAACAUACCGACCUUCCCCGUGUUCUUGGAGAUCAACGACGAGUACGUCAGGUUAUAAUGAACCUGAUCAGCAACGCUGUGCAACAUACGACCAACGGAUCAGUGGUCAUCGAGACUUGCCUUACUCCUGACACAACAAACUCUGACACCAUUGGCGUCGAAAUGGCUGUCCACGACACAGGUUCAGGGAUGUCACAGGAAGCCGUGGAAGCUCUGUUUUGCGAACUGGAGGAGGUAUCGAACGAGGACUAUCUGCAAGACUCUAAGUGCUGCCGGAGCAAAGCUGAUGACACCACGGGGGCCAAGAAUGUUCUUGGCUUAGGGCUGGCAUUGGUUGCUCGUAUUGUCCGCACUAUGGAUGGAAGAUUGGCUGUGAAGUCGGAGCAGGGAGUGGGGAGUUCCUUUAAAAUUAAGCUUAGGUUUCCAUUGCCAUCUGAGUUGGCAAGUGACGGUUGCAAAAAUAAUGAUUUACAUCCAGCAACACUUGGAAGAAGGGAUAUUAAUCCUGCGAGGCCUAAGCGCGAAAAUGAAUGCUCCAGUCGUUAUGGCGAGACUCAAAGUGAAAAGCGCAGCAAUUCCAACAUUGACAUUGCAAUAAGCACUGAGUCAUCUGAAUUUGUGCAUCAAUCCGUGAGUCCUACCAAAAAUAGACAGUCUGAUUCUGCAGGAACAGAAUCGUCUAUUAGAAUCGCAUCACCAUUACCAAAAGCAAAUACAACUCGUGAAAACUUAUCGAGACUGGAUGACCCGGUAGACAUUUCAGUCGACCGAGUCGCGAAACCUAAUCCAGGUUCAGCAGAACAAACCGAGAAACCUUCGAGCACCGCUCAUUCUGAAUUAAAAUCAACUCUACAUGUGUUGGUAGCUGAAGACGACCGCAUAAACAGCGCUAUUAUACGAAAGAGACUCGAGAAAUUAGGACAUACGGUACAUUUGACUGUGAAUGGGAAAGAAUGCGCCACGACCUACAGAGAGUGCCCUGAUUCAUUCGAUGCCGUCUUGAUGGACAUACAGAUGCCCAUCAUUGACGGUCACGGCGCUACGAAACUUAUACGCGACUAUGAAGAGUCUUGUGACAGGAGAAUUCCCAUCUUUGCCGUGUCAGCGUCACUGAUGGAAAAGGACAAGCAUAUGUACAUCGAAUCUGGAUUUGAUGGUUGGAUCAUGAAACCGAUUGACUUUCAGCGGUUGAACCAUCUACUCAGCGGGGUGUAUACGGAGCAUAUCCGCAAUGGCGAGGAUAGUAUCUAUAUCCCAGGAAAGUGGGAGAACGGUGGAUGGUUUGGACGUGAUAUAGCAUGAUGUACGAUCGUAGAUGAUAUACACAACAACA